CUAAAUGAGUGGUACGACUUCAUGAUACAAGUAUAGGAGCAGCAACUAUCACAACACGCUCUAAGACUCGCAUAUCCCCUUGCGGGCCACUUUCCCUGAAUACUGAUCAUGACCUUGUCUACACUUCUUUAGCACAGAUUCUUCCGCUAAUACCACUGAUCUCCAUUUUCACCGCUUAGUGCAAUGGUACCAGCAUCUAUCGUGCCGAACUGCGAUCGACAACAUGGAAAUACACGUGUAGCAUGACCUAGGCCUGAACCCUGAACGUUGAGCCUCUCCUGUCCCUCUCAGCCGAACUACAUCCACAGUCCCCAUAUCCCUACCCCCGUCUUGCCCUCCCACCCAUUCCGCCCACCACUCUGCCCAUCCUCGAUCCUCGUCAUUUUACUUCAUCACACCAUCAUGCCCGGUAGCUUAGAAGGCCGAUAUAUCAGACUUGAAGUCAUCGGCGGAAAAAAUCUUCAAGUCCCCUCCGAGCGCAUUCCCGCAGGCAUUUACAUAUCCACCAAUGUCGACUCCCGGAGACGCUGGAAAUCGGCUAUCAGUGUCUUAUCAUCUGAUGAAUCUGCAUCGUGGGGCCACACUGUGACUCUAUCAUCCCAUGCCUCACCUGCAUUAUCGAUAGAGAUCUGGGCGUCCUAUGAGGUCGGUCGAAUGCUAGGCAAUGGAGAGGUCAUUGGUAAACUUCAAACGUCGUGGGAUGAGCUACUCAAUCAUGGAGAUGAACUUUUCAUUUUGUCCUUCCCACCCGUUCGUGGUGUCCACCCUUCCCUCACGCUUAAGGCCGCCGUUGUACAUACUUGCGACAAUCAGGACGGUGCACUGUCUGAUUCCCUCGUAGAUUGCGAGAUCGCUCGAGACACAGAUGCGGGCCACGCACAAUUUGCCGCAUACAUGACGAGCGAGACGGUCUCUCACCUGAACGAUGCAGUGCAGCAUUUUCAGUUGGUUGUGGACCAGUGUCCGGUCAGCCAUCCUGACCACGCAACAGCCCUCACCAACCUUGCGUAUGCGCGCCUUCGAGGGUAUGUUCGCAACGAUCUUCAAGACAUUGAUACCACCACUUCCCUGUUCCGCGAAGCCCUUGCAUUGCGUCCGCAGGGCCAUCCCGAUCAUCCAUUAUCUCUAUAUAAUCUCACCGUCGCGCUGACUUGGCGCCACAACAAGAAAAGUACCGCUGCCGACAUCCGCGAAGCCGCCAAACUGUAUCAUGAGCUACUGCCUCUCUGUCCAGAGGGCACCUACCUUCGGAGCAUCGUGGCAGGGGCAAACGGUGUCGAUUAUGUGAUCUGCGGAUGCAACAAUCUUCCAGAAGACACAUCUGAUGAAGGCAUCCACCUUCGACGAGUCAUCCUCGAGCUCUGUCCUCUGGGCCAUCAACGCCGUCCAAAAGCACUUUACGCGCUUUUACAAUCACUCCACACACGCUUUAUACAAUAUGGCAGCAUCGAUGAUCUAGAUGAGAGCAUAAGACUCGGUCGUGAAGCCGUUUCUCUGCUUCCCGAGGGACAUCCUGGGCGUGAUAGCUACUUGAAUGAGUUGGCUUUCUCACUCGAAGACCGCUUCAAUCACCAAGGCAAAGCUAAUGACCUCGAUGAGGCCAUCUCUUUGUACAAAGAAGCGCUGCGCCUGUGCCCUGUUGGACACGAACCCCGUGAUACCUCAUUGGACAACCUAGGGCUUGCCCUCCUCAGCCGUUUCAACAAACAUGGCAACAUUGAUGACAUCACCCAAGCUAUCAGCCUCCAUCUCGAGGCACUGACAUUGCGCCCACCUGGGCAUCCAGAUCGUGAUACCACGCUUAACAACCUUGGCCUCGCGCUCGACACCAGAUACAACAAAUUGCAUGUCAUUGAUGAUCUUAAUGAGGCUAUUGAUCGGUAUCGCGAAUCCCUUCGGUUAAAGCGGCAUGACCAUCCAGAGCGCCAUAAAUUUCUUUCCAAUUUGAGCGCGUCGCUCUGCUCUCGUUUCACGCAAACUCGGGAUAAUGAAGAUAUCGAGGAGGCCAUUAAUCUCUGCCGAGAGUCAUUGGCGGCUCUGUCUUCGCUGCACCCGGACAGAUGGUUCAGCUACACAUGGCUGAAGGAAGCCUAUUUAGCUCGUUACCGGAUUCUACACGACCCUGAUGAUUUAUCGCUCGCGGUGGACAACUUCAGACUCGCAUCGGGACAUCCUACACAAGGAUUUCCUCGGCGUAUCAGACAGGCUAUUGGCUGGGCUCGCCAAGCGGAAGUCUAUCAACACGAAUCUGCCCUCGAAGCAUACCAAAUGUGCUUUGAGCUUUUCGACAGCCACGUGAUGACGCGAUCGUCAAUUAUCUCACGGCGUGAGGCUGCAACCGCUUUUCGUGGUGCACAGUUGCUACCAGUAGAUGCAGCCUCAUGUGCCAUACGUCGUGACAAUCUACGACAGGCAGUUGAACUCGUGGAGCAGGGCCGUGGCCAGCAGUGGUCGCUAGCUUCCCGACUCAAGACUCCAGUUGAAGACCUUGAGUCAGCAAAUCCGAACCUGGCGCACAAUUAUUUGGAGCUGAGCAAGCGCGUUUCCAAUGCCGCACAGAGUUCUGCAACCAUCACGGACAGAGCUGCUGCUGAUCGGGCAGCAACCAAGUACAGGAAGCUUAUGGAGCAGUGGGAAGCUGCAGUGGCUGAAAUCCGUAAUCUUCAAGCGUUCUCGCGGUUCCUGCUCCCACCUUCCUACGAAGAUUUGCAAGCGGCAGCGCGCCAGGGCCCUGUCAUCAUCCUCAUUGCCAGUCAAUAUUCGUGCAGCGCUAUCAUCGUCCCGACGUCAGGAGAGCCUAGUCAUGUUCCCUUGCCGUCUGUCACUCUCGUAGAUCUGAACAAUCUCAAGGAGCGUUUCGCCAGGGCCAUACGACACGCAUCUAUCAUGGGCCCAAAGGUGCCGCGGAACGAUCUAAUAGUACUCUUGCGGACAGUAUGGAAAGAGAUCAUGCUACCCAUAGUCAACGUACUCGAGCAUGUCCUUGAGCUAAAGCACGGUUCUCGAAUCUGGCUGUGUCCAACUGCAGCUUUCACGUCUAUUCCUCUCCAUGCAGCUCACCCCUUUCAAACGAACGCAGAUCGCUCUAAAGAGCCAUGCCUGGAGGAUCUCUACAUCUGCUCUUACACGCCGACACUUUCGGCUCUGGUCAGAUCUAGACAGAUGAUGAAGAAGCGUGUUGCUCCAUCCUUCGUGACAAUCGGACAGAGUCAACCGGGUGCAGGGAAAGGCAAGGCGCUCUUGACCGUUGACAGCGAGCUCGAGCUUGUCCGUAAGCUCGUCCCGGCGAUGGCCAACCGUACCACCAUUUCUGGUGAUGCAGCCACACGAGCAGGUGCACUUGAAGCUUUGGAAGAGAACACCUGGGUGCACCUCGCUUGCCAUGGCAAGCAGGAUUCUACUCAGCCUUACAAUUCCCACUUCGUCAUGAGAGAUGAACAUCUGACGCUGCUUGAUAUCAUGGAGAAACAUAUUCCGCAUGCUGAGUUCGCAUUCUUAUCCGCUUGUCACACCGCCGUCGGCGAUAAGGAGACGCCCGACGAAGUGAUUCACCUUGCAGCUGGUCUCCAGUUUUCGGGGUUCAAGAGCGUCAUUGGCACGCUGUGGGAGGUCGACGAUGCUGUUGCAAAACACGUUGUCAAAGCGUUCUACGAGAAUUUGUUCGCUGAUAUGGAGGAUGGUCGUGUCAUGGACUGUACGAAGGCGGCCUGGGCACUCAACCGUGCUACGCACACUGUGAAGACGAAAGUGCCGCUUGAGCAGAGGAUGGUUUUCAUUCAUAUCGGUGUGUAGU